ACUCUUUUUGAGGACGUAGACAAGAGAAGCGGCUCCCACUCUGCAGUCCUCCACCACAGAAGAAGACGCAGGAAAACUCCCCAGAACCACCAGAACCAUCAGAACCAUCAGAACCACCGGGAACCAGUGAGAAACCACUCAAGAGAAGAAGAUGGUGGCCAAACAGAGGAUCCGCAUGGCCAACGAGAAGCACAGCAAGAACAUCACUCUGCGGGGGAACGUGGCCAAAUCCAACAGGAACAUCCUGGAGGAGAAGGGCGUGGGACCCUGGCUGCUCGCUCUCUUCAUCUUCGUCGUCUGUGGAUCAGCCAUCUUCCAGAUCAUCCAGAGCAUCAGGAUGGGCAUGUAGUGAUGAUGUCAUCAGAGAGUGCCCACCCCCCCCACCUGGACCAACCACCUCGACAUUCCUGAACUCUGACACACACACACACACACACACACACCGGACCAAACUAACCCCCCCUCCCCUGAACACUACUCCCCCAGCCAUACAUGUGCCUUCCUGUUUACCUGUGCUUAAGCCCCGCCCCCUCUGAUGACACCCUAUCAGAACAGGAGGGGGGAGAGUGUGUAUGGAGGUGUUUUGCAUCAGAAGGUGUGUGUGAGAGUGUGUGUCUGCACCGUGUGCAGCGGCACCUCCACACACCUGUCCACUUAAUAAAGUUUCAUUUUGAACAAGA